UGGCCUUGCCAUUCCAAAACUUUUGGAGUGGACUGCAAGUCAUUGAAUGCCAUCCUCUUGGAAAGCAGUAUGUAGAUACCAUUGUAUACUGAAGCCAUGUGUUUCAUCAUCAGAUCGUGAUUCUUCAAAUAAUUCUACUCCUGGCUGGCGGAAUUUCAACUUACUCAGUUUUAAUAUUCAUUAAUGUGCAAAUCUCAAAUGCCCCAAAUUCUGUGCAGUGUGUUGUAAGAGUGCCUAUGUUGGGGCUGCAUUACUUAAUCUGGAUUAAAGUGAUCUGCAUGCCAUAAUCACCCUGCUGGUCGUCAAGUCACAUCUGGACAGAGCUGUUUAGCUGCAAGACUGCCUCGGUAUUAGACAUACUAAAAUUUGUCCGAAACUGCAAAAAAUGUAAAUACUACGACUGUUUAAAUAUACAGUACAUCUGUUAAAUGUCGCUCUGUAAUGUCGGUUUUAUACCAUGCGUUCAGGACGUACACUGCGGGCUUUCCAAACGCGUGUUUGCCAGAAUCAUCGUUUCUAAAGAGUUCAAACCAUGGUUAAAUCCUGGCUUUCGAAAAGCACGACGCUGUCCCUGUUUGUGCUGUUUCUGAAGGUGUGUAUUAGAGGCAGAUGAGCAGAGUUCAGGACGCGCUGGGAGAAAGCACCAGCGCGUGAGCAAGCUCUGUGCUGAAGUUAAAGAACAGCCGCAGCUGGGUGCUUUGUGUGUGCCACAUAGAGAUAAGAAGCAUGGCAGGAAAUGAAAUAGGCCACAAGACAUCCACUGAGAUUGAACACCCAUCUCUGCAGCCUGACCAGCAUGAGUCUGACAGGAGUGGCAUCAUCAUCCAGCUAACGGGCACGAAGGGUGAAUGGGACAGUCUCGAUGACAGUGAUUUUACAGUCACACUCGACAGGAAUAACCAGGAAUUCCUCAAGCUCAAGCCGGAUUCCAAUGACAUGCAGACAGAUAAAGACAAAGAGUGGGCUCUCCACUCUCCAGUGUUCCAUGUUCCCCUGUCCCCAUCUUCACCAGGCUCCCUUGGGGACUGCUCACCCUCCAGUCUGGGCUUCCUCUCCCCCUCCCGCCAGCCUCUGGGUAGCCUGGUGAAGUCUCUGUCCACAGAGCUUGAGCUGAAAGACACUUCAUCACUCAAGCCCAGGCCUUUCAUCAGCUUGGUGAAGUCCAUCUCCACUGAGCUUUCUCGCAGCAGUCCUGAGGUGUCCCAGUCCAAGUCAGACUCUAAGCUCAGCCUGCACCUGUGGACUCAGCUCACACAGUCUAAAGGCCAUAAUGGAGACUCUCGCACUGCCCCUUCGUCUCCUGUUGUUCUCUCCCCAACUGAGGCCAAAACAGGCUUUUUUAAAGUGGAGCUAGAAGACACUUGUCGGAAGCUCACUGAGGCCAUGCACGAACCUCUAAGUGUGUUCAGUAAGAUCAUGCGUGAGGACAGCACGGGCAGGCUUAAGCACCAAAAGAGCACAAGUUCCAUUGAUUCUUUCUACUCUAAAGGGCUUGGGAGAUCAAGUGGGGAGCUUUCAGUGACUGAGACUCCUAUGCAAAGCUGUAAGAAAGUAGAAUGUGAGGAACUGGCUGUGUCUAAUCAGCCUGUGAGAUCCUAUAGGAAAUGUAUUCACUGCAGAUCCUGCCAUUCCCACAGUCACCUCAGCAAACUGGAGGGUGAAGAGCCCACUGAGAUCUGCACAAAUGAAGAUGCUGUGCACGAUAUAAAUGUAACAAAUAAAAGUGAUCUGGCAGCCGAGCAUGUGUCAGAGCAGCCCUGUUCGCCAGUCCCAGGGAUGGGUCUCGGCUGUGUUGCUGUUUUGUCCUACUGCUAUUUCAUCUUGCCUUUGUCCUCUUAUUGGUCUGGAAUGUUUGUUGGCUUGGCAUUUGGCUUCAUGCUGGGGCUACUCCUUAUCCGAUUAGGAUUGACCAGACAUCCCUAUUCUGAUCCCUCAGCUAGGUUUAAUCAGGACACAUAUGACUGGAUUCAGGGUGAGAGCAAAAAGACAACACUUAAGGGCUGGAUUAAUGAGAUGUAUGCAUACGAUCCAGAAACAUACCACCCGUCUCUUAUGCACUCUGUGUAUGCGACGCUGGAGGGGCCAUGUAUUCAGUUGGACUAUCCCCGCAGCAACAUCCCCCGGUGGGCCACCUUCAAUGAGCCGUUUUAUAAUCAAAGCUUCACCCACUCUCGUAGGUUUCACCUGGAUGGCAGCAAGGUAUUCCUGUUGCCCCCAACUCUGGCACGGAAGAGAGUGUGGAACAGGAAGUAUCCUAUAUGCAUCACUGUUGCAAGGGCAGAGGAACUAACAGAGGAGGUUGAGGAUCAACAGGACCCACAUUUCAAUGAGAAAUCGGCACUCUCCCCAUCUAAAACUAAUCACAACACCACACUCUACCUCUUUGCCAGAACAGGAAGGGAGAAAGAGGAGUGGUUCCAUCACCUUUGUGCAGCAUCCAUGUACAGAAAUGAGGGCCAGUAUGAAUCUGAUAUGUCUGUAAUGCAAGAGGAAAAAUCCUCUAGUUCAGUGCAGGUCACUGGCAGCAUUGAGAAUAUCUCAUCUAUGUCUACAUAUGACUACACCACCUACAUAGCCGAUCUCAUCUCUUCAGGCCUGGGCAGAUCGUCACAAUGCUUCUGCCAUAACAGCAAACAAGGCAGUCCUACCGAAAAAGAUCAGAAUGUAUGCCAUCACGGAGAAGGAAUGCAGCCUGUCUGGAUUAAUGCCCUGAUUGGUCGUAUCUUCUGGGAUUUCCUCUGUGAAAAGUACUGGUCUGAUCAAGUAGCCCACAAGAUUCAGCGCAAGCUGAGCAAAAUAAGAUUGCCUUACUUCAUGGAUGAAUUGACUGUAACUGAGCUUUCCAUGGGUUCCAGCAUGCCCCAGAUCACAGGCUUGUUCCAACCACAGGUCGAUGCCAGAGGUCUGUGGCUCCACUUGAAUAUUGAGUACACAGGAGCCCUACAGAUGACAUUAGAGACGAAGAUUAACCUAUCAAAACUGGGCAAGGAAGAAGCACUGAAAGCUGUCAAAGAGAUGCAGACCUACCAUGUAAGAAGUACCAGGUCCAAACUUGCUGUACUGGCUGACAGUGACGAGGAAUCCUCAAGUGCAGGAUCAUCUGAUGAAGAGGAAGUUCCAUCCACUGAGCCUCAGGAAACUCAGGGAGAGAAGGGCAGUAUUCCUGGUGCUGAGAGCGGUUUGAGUGGGGGCAGCACGGGACGGCGGAUUUUGAGACUUGUCGACAAAAUUGCUAAAUCCAGAUACUUCCAGAAGGCUACAGAAAAUGAGUACAUCAAAAAGAAGAUUGAAGAGAUGUCAAACACGCCUCUGCUGCUCACUGUUGAGGUUAAAGAACUUUCUGGAGAACUUGCUGUCAACAUUCCACCUCCACCUACGGAUAGAAUAUGGUACAGUUUCUGUGUGCCUCCAAAGCUUGAUCUGCGAGUUCAGCCCAAACUGGGGGAACGAGAAGUGACCUUCUGUCAUGUCACUGAAUGGAUUGAGAAAAAACUUCAGGAGGAGUUUCAGAAAGUGUUUGUGUUGCCAAACAUGGAUGACAUAUACCUCCCCUUAAUGAACUCAGCCUUGGAGAGCCAACCAGCACAUCAGCAUUCUCCAACACAGCCAUCACACUGUUCUGCUCUGGGCUCCAGUGAGACCUGCUUCAUGAACCAUUCUUUCCCUUUAGAGUAGUGCCACUCUGUGGCCAUUUAUGAAAACACACCAUCACCACUGUGCAUUUGGUAGGUUUAUUCAGUUAUAUAAAAAAAAUAUAUAAAAAAAACAGUAGUACAGUUUAAAUGUUUACAUUUCUGUUUAAAUUAUUAUAAAAUCUCUGCAAGCAGAACAUGAGUUCACUGUUUAUUGUGCUUCCUAUAUGCACCUACUACAUACUGUGAAGUUUUUGUUUUUAAUUCUCCAUACCAGAAUUGAAGAGUGUACUAUGAAAUAAAUUG